UGUGCUGUACACUUUGUACCCGACCACACAUUAGUUGGCGGUUCCAUACGUUUCUUCAUCAACUAUCCAGACCCGGCCACCGGACGUUUCCUGAGAUCCGCCUACCGUGAAUUGAAAGUAACCAACCCCACUGUUGGGAACAAACAAGCAGACUGUUUCGAUAAUUUUUUCGAACUAUAUCCCUUACCUGUCUCUGGGUCAUUUCAUUUUUACUUUUCAUGUGAUGGUACUUUUCCACCUCCACCCGGCGGGACCGCAUCAGGUGAUAGUGUUUGUGGCUCUGGAUAUCUUACUGUGGAUCCUCACUUUGCCGGAAAGUCUGAUAUCCCGGGAGAAUUCACCGAUAAAGGUUGGGACUUGGAUGGUGUCGUUCUUCAAACAUACGUAUCAAAGUAUUUAGGCCCAUUCGAAAAUUGGGAUUCCGUUUUGCGUGCAGCUAAAGAGGGACAUUACAACAUGAUACAUUUCACACCCGUUCAGGAGUUGGGUUAUUCCCGAUCAGCCUAUUCACUACGUGAUCAACUCAAAGUGAACCCUGAAUUCUCCAGCCCUGGGUCACCACCGGUGGACUGGCCAGAUAUAGAACGCUAUAUACAGCAUCUGGAAAACGAUUGGUCGAUCUUGUCCAUGGCUGACUUGGUUUUGAAUCAUACGUCAAACGAUAGUCCAUGGGUUCAUGAACAUCCUGAAUGUGCCUACAACGUGAUCAAUUCGCCACAUUUAGUCCCUGCUUAUAUACUUGAUGUAAUUGUGUGGCGUCUGUCACGCGAGGUGAGCACCGGAGCCCUGAUUAAUCGUGGAAUUCCUCCCAAAUUGGAAAACGCAUCUUCCGAAAUGCCUGCAAUGCGUUCCUGGUUAAUGGAAGAAAUUGAUAAAGCCAAGUUGUAUGAGUUUUUCACCGCAGAUGUUAAUACAGUGAAGGACGAGUUCGUCUCCUGGCUGUUGUCAGGUAAAUCCUCGAUCGACACGGUUUCCUUCCGUUCCGGUGAGAACCAUUUGUUUCUGAAGGUGGCCGGUUUACGUAAAGGUCGACGACACGGAGCUACUGUGGAUUUCGAAGUUGCACGGAAAGAAUAUGUGGGCGUGCGUGACCAUUCGAUGCCACUUUCUGAAGCUGCCGCGGUCGCGGCGGCUGAUCGACUUCGAGCAAGACUUUUACAGUUAAAUGAAGAUAAGAAGCGCGAGAUGGAUGAACAUAUACGAGUAGCAGUAGAUAAUGUUCUGGCAAAUGCAAACUACCGAUUCUAUGAUCCCCAUGGCCUGAAAUAUUUUUAUCAUCCAAGAGAGAUCAAUACCGUGCAAGAUGCUGAAAAGCUGUUGGACACCCCUGAUGCUCCACGAAUAAUGGCCUUUAAUGGAUGGGUCAUUGGAGAUGAUCCUCUACGGAAUUUCGCGGAAUCCAAUUCGAGCGUGUAUCUGCGUCGCGAACUGGUCGUUUGGGGUGAUUCCGUGAAAUUGCGUUACGGUUCAAAACCAGAAGACUGUCCCUAUCUUUGGGAAAGAAUGACGAAAUAUGCUGAACUGACCGCCCGGAUUUUCCAUGCAGUUCGUUUGGACAACUGUCACAGCACACCAUUACACGUGGCGCAACACGUUUUGGACAAGGCUCGAGCUGUCCGACCGAAUUUGUAUGUGGUCGCCGAACUGUUUACCGGUGGUGAACACUUGGACAACAUCUUCAUCAACAAGCUGGGCCUGAACUCGUUAAUUCGAGAAUCGCUUGCCUCGCAUUCAUGUCAUAAUUUCGGCUCACAGUUGUAUCGGUAUGGUGUGACUCGACCCGCGGGAGCAUUUUUCGAUCAACUGGGAAAGCAUCGACUUUAUCCGUCCGUGGCCCACGCUCUUCUCUACGACCAAACUCAUGACAACCAAAGCGUGGCUGAGAGACAUUGUGCGUUUGAUUUUCUUCCGUUGUCUGCACUGGGUUCCCUUGCCUGUUGUGCAAUAGGUAGUACCCGAGGUCAUGAUGAACUAGUCCCCCACAAUAUUGAUGUGGUCUCCGAGACACGAUAUUAUUCCCGUUGGCCGGAAACAAUUAACGAACGGACCGGUUUUGUUGAGGCCAAAUCUUUGCUGAACGAGUUGCAUUCAUGGUUGUCUUAUCAAGGCUUUUCGGAGACCUUUGUUGAUCAGGUCUCGGAAAAUGUGAUAGCAAUCACUCGAAUUUGUCCACAAACUCGCGAAUCCGUAGUUCUCGUGGCCCAUUGCGCGUUUCACCAAGGGGUUGUCGAUGCCGGCCAUCAGGAUGUUCGCCCGCUGGAAGUGGGUGGUCAAGUGAAUCGACUGUUGUUCGAGAUUCAAACAUUGUAUCAUGGUUCCGGUCGACCAGAGGCGGUUUUCAAACGCCAUCCCGAUUUUAUUAACGGACUUGCCGAUGUGAAAUACUCUAUGCUGACCAAUGUGGAAGCGAAUUCGAGCAAAAUGUUCCGUGUGGAACAAAUCAAGAACGCGCAAGGAAUCCCCAUCGAUCGACUGUGUUUUUACAACUUCCCACCCGGUUCGGUUGUGGUCGUUUCCGUUCGGCUGACCGAGGCACAAGAGAAAUCCGUGUCCAGUUUGCAUGAACUCAUGCGAAGUCAGUUCUCGCAUCGUUUGAUGCGACAACGCGUGAGUGUGAGUAUGGGCCGUGGAAAGAACGCCUAUAUGCCCCAUAUGCUACCGUCCGAAGCUAGUUUACUCGAGCCGAACGAGUUACGGAUUCAAGCGAGCAAUUUGAACCUGGUCGAAUUGAACUGGGCCAUGUUUCGUUGUGAAGCAGAGGAACGAGUGGAUGAACCGCACAGCGGCACUUACGAUAUUCCCGGGAUGCGUAUUGAUCUGUCGAGAUUAUCCGGUCGCCCGGACAGUAUCGUCUCCGUGCUCGAGGAUAUUCGAAGCAAGAACGAUCUGGGUCAUCCGGUCUGUUCACAUUUACGAAACGGUGACUGGCUUGCACACUAUUUGGCUCAACGAUUAUGCGUACUUCCACCGAACGCCAAGACAAUUUUGACCGAAGACUUGGUCAAAACCGGAAAAAUUUUACACGUGAUAUUCUCCCGCCUGAAUGGAUUACCGCGAUAUUUGGCCCCGGCCUAUUUCGAGGCGCUCGUCACUGCAGUUCGAGAUCUCUUGGCAAAUGAAACUAUACACCGCAUGUCACCGUGGAUUCGCACUUGCUCUUCGAUGGUCAAGCGUUUGGCCUUGGCCACAAAUCAGCUGUACGGUUACAUUGGGAAUUGCGCCUUACCACCGGCAGUUCCAUUCAUGCCGCUCGAUAUGGCGUCUGAGGUUGCCCAUCUGGCUGGCGUUCCCCUACAUUGUAGUUUAGCUGCCGGUUUACCCCAUUUUGCGGAAGUUGGUCUUUUUCAUUUGCUCGAUCUGACUUACUGUGCACAAUAUUUGGGAAGCGGAGCAUCCACUGCUAUCCGAACCGGCCAAGAGGCCGCCAGUAUUAUCCUGAGCUACGCUAGCCUAGUGCGACACGGACUGAUUCCCAAUUUGACUGGAGAAGGUAAUGUUGUGCACCCACGCUACAAUUGUCGUGAUGCGGUGUGGUUCUGGCUUUAUUCCAUCAUGUGCUACGAACAAAUGUCCAAAAAUCCAGAUGAAGUGAGUCCAGUUCCUACGACUGAGAGCAGCUCGGAAAGCAGCGCGACGCCGAUUGCAAAACAGGUGAACACUCAUUCAGCGGCAGGUGGCUCUCGUCGUCUAUCUUGGAUUCGACUAUCAGCUCAGUCGCAAAGCCUGAUGGAACGUCCGGUUUGGCGUUGGUUCCCUACAGAUAAUGCACCUGGUUGGCCGGUCGAAAAACCCGAACGCCGAAAUUCAGUCAUAAAUUCCCGUGUGCAACCAUUGCAUGAGGUAAUCCAGGAAGUUCUUCAACGUCACGUGUCGGGGAUCGAUUUCACUGAGCGAAAUGCCGGCCCCGGUUUGGACGAACAAAUGAAACCAGAAGGAUUCAGAGUAACUGCUUCUAUCGAUCCCAAUACCGGCUUCCCUCGGGGCGGAAACGCGUUCAAUUGUGGUACAUGGAUGGACAAAAUGGGCAGUUCGGACAAGGCGGGUAAUCGAGGCAAACCAGCUACACCACGUGACGGUUCUGCGGUGGAACUGGUCGGACUGGCCUAUGCUGUGAUCAGUUGGCUUGAACGAAUGCAUCAAACGGCCUCACCCUCCGGGGGCUCCUAUUAUCCACAUUCGGGAGUUCAGUUGCCUGACGGGAAGUUUUUCACUUGGGGCGACUGGUUGGAGAGGUUGAAGCGCAAUUUUGAACGAUUAUUCUGGAUCCCAUCGGAUACAACCGACCCAUCAUUGGCGUACAAUCGUGGUAUUUAUAGAGAUAGCGUGGGCUCCUCGGGAGGCUACACAGACAAUCAGCUACGUCCCAACUUCCUCGUCACGAUGGUCGUGGCUCCACAAUUGUUCACUCCGGAACGAGCUUGGAAUGCGUUGGAAAUUGCCAAGGAACGCCUAACUGGACCUUUGGGGAUGCGCACUUUGAGUGAAAAUGAUAUGGCCUAUCGUGGAGUAUACGAUAACUCGAACGACGGAACAGACUAUGCUAUUGCACGAGGAUUCAACUACCAUCAAGGUCCUGAGUGGUUAUGGCCCACUGGGUUCUAUUUGCGUGCUCGUAUGCUAUUUGCGCGGAUCAUGUCCAAUGAUCCGAAGCAUGCCAAUCGUGGUCUGGUCAAUUCGGCCGUAUCGGAAUGCCAAGAAUUUCUAGCUCGACUGGAUCAAGCCUUACGCACCUCCCAAUGGUGUUCAUUGCCCGAAUUGACAAAUGCAAACGGUCAGGUAAGCGUGUUGAUACGAUCUUCCUUCCCUUGA